AUGAGAAGAAAGGAACAAAAGAAGGAAAUUGAGGCAAGCACACAUGCACUAGAUCGUACAUGUGGUGGAUAUUUUUCGCCCACCAAGGAACUGUCCGCUCUGGCCACCUAUGCACCAGUUAGUCCAUUCUCCCGCCAACUCGAACCCAUGACCUCUUGGUGUAUUGCACUUCUCUUCAUUGUAUUUGUAUCGAAACCCUCCUUCUCAGCACCAAUUACAUACAAUGUGUUAAGCUAUGGAGCCAAACCAAAUGGCGUGAAGGACUCAACGCAAGCAUUUCUUGAUGCAUGGAGCGAUGCCUGUGGUUCUAAUAAAUCAACGGUGAUCUAUGUCCCCAAAGGAAGGUACAUGGUUGGAUCUAUGGUCUUCAAAGGAGUGUGCAAGAGCUCUGACAUCGCUUUCCGAGUCGAUGGAACGCUUGUGGCUCCUGCGGAUUAUAAUGUAUUAGGGAAAGCUAAGAGUUGGCUUAGUUUUGAAGGAGUGAGUGGUGUUUCCAUUUUAGGUGGAGCUCUUGAUGCUGGAGGUUCACUCUUGUGGGCUUGUAAAUUGGGCCCAAGAAGCAACAACUGCCCUAAUGGAGCUACGACAUUGAGCUUCACAAAUUCAAACAAUAUUCAGAUAAGUGGAUUGAUGUCGAUUAACAGCCAAAUGUUUCACAUUGUGAUCAAUGGCUGUCAAAAUGUGCACAUUGAAAGAGCUAAAGUCAUAGCGGCAGGGGACAGUCCCAAUACUGAUGGCAUCCAUGUCCAGUAUUCCACAAAUGUUGAGAUCAUAUCUUCUUCUAUCAAAACUGGGGAUGAUUGCAUCUCUAUUGGGCCUGGUACCAAGAACUUGUGGAUAGAACAUGUCACGUGUGGGCCGGGCCAUGGAAUUAGUAUUGGAAGCUUGGGCAAGGAAUUGGAUGAAGAAGGGGUACAAAAUGUAACAGUGAAGAGAACCAUUUUUAGUGGCAGUACAAAUGGGUUCAGAAUAAAGUCAUGGGCCAGGCCCAGCAAUGGAUUUGUUCAAGGGGUUAGAUUCAUUGGUGCAGUUAUGCAGAAUGUUCAAAACCCUAUCAUCAUAGACCAACAUUAUUGCCCACAUAAUCUAAAGUGCCCUAAUCGGGUUUCGGGUGUCAGAAUCAAUGACGUGAUGUAUCAAGGAAUCCGAGGUUCAUCAGCGACAUCAAUAGCUAUAAUGUUGGAUUGUAGCUCUAAAUACCCAUGCACAAACAUAAAAUUGCAAAAUGUACACUUGACUUACAUGAAUCGGGCAGCUCAAUCAUCAUGUGCCAAUGCAGUAGGGAAGACGCUGGGGUUGGUUAAGCCAGAUAGUUGUUUAUAA